CUUGUGGGGUGGGGGUCAGGCAGAAAGAAACUGCCUGCCUGUGGAAACCUCUCCGGGGACCUGGGAGACCAGUUCCCAGAGGGCAGCAGCCCAGACAUCAGGACCACAUGUGAACGCUGUCACAUUGGGCACCAGCAGGACAAACACCCACUCGGCCGGAGCGCUACACUGCAGCAUCUGCUACUAACCUCCAUGGCUUCCUUGGUCAGCUUUCAUCACGCGCAUUUAUCACGGGCUUCCUCGGCCAGAGAUGCCCCCUCCCCACCGUGGACAUGGGGAAAAAGCUGGUGAUGGCCCAGAAGCGGGGAGAGACGCGAGCCCUGUGCCUGGGUGUGGCCAUGGUGGUAUGCGCCGUCAUCAGCUACUACAUCCUGGGCACCACCGUGCUGCCCCUCUACCAGAAAAGUGUGUGGACCCAGGAAUCCAUGUGCCACCUGAUUGAGACCAACAUCCGAGACCAGGAGGAGCUGGGGGGCAAGAAGGUGCCCCAGUACCCAUGCCUAUGGGUCAAUGUGUCAACUGCGGGCAGGUGGGCCAUGCUGUACCACACGGAGGACACUCGGGACCAGAACCAGCAGUGCUCCUACAUCCCAGGCAGCCUGGAUGACUACCCGGCAGCCCGGGCCGACGUGGAGAAGGUCAGGGCCAAUUUCCACGCCCAUCGGACUUUCUCCUGCUUCUCGGCCUCCCGUGAGGAGGAGCCCAGCGUGCUGUACCGGCGCCUCCACGGGCCCCACACCCUGCUCUUCUCCCUCUUUUGGCCCACCUUCCUGCUGACCGGCGGCCUCCUCGUGAUCGCCAUGGUGAAGAUGAACCAGUCCCUCUCCAUCCUGGCGGCCCAGAGGUAGACCCCGAGACGCGACACCAGGACUGGGCCCCCAAGACCACACCCCUCACAGAGAGUGCUAACCCCUGCCCACCUCCCGCCAUCCCCCUUCCGCGCUCCAGCUCAUCCGGUGUGCCACUGCAUGGUCCGCCUCGGGAACGUGUCCUGGUGACCUCAUUUCCUGCCCAAGCAUGCACGUGCCUGGGAAGACAUAAGACUGACCCGUGCGCCCCUCCGUUUCCUGUCUCCACUCCGCCCACCCAGCCCUGUUUCUCUCCCCUGCACCUCUGUGCGCCACUCCCAACCCCCCGGACCACCAUGAUCUUCACCUGGGUGUGCCUACUCCUGCUCAUGGUUGGGAACUCUGACACCCCAACCAGGAAGCCAUCCCUGGCAAACCCGAGUUCCUCCUUCUAACCCCAUCAUAUGAACCCCCAAAACAGCCUCCACUCACAGAGCGCCCUGAUGAUGAUGCGCAUCCACAAGGCAUUGAAACUCUCCUGGUUCAUAUCAAUAUUAAUAAACCCAAACGGAUCACAACGCAUUGUAAGAAAACACGUGCCACA